CCCGCCACGGUCACAUUUCAGAUUUGCCGGUUGUUUGGAUCACAAGUUGAAUCGGAAAGCUCCGCGCUCGGUUCGGUGUUUUUGGCCCGUUCGUACGUCGCGAGUGCGCCAAAUAGAAAACUGUGUAAAUUAACGUUUAAAAGUGAGAGGAAUUUGAUCGCAAACUAGGAGCAGACAUGAUGCCGCUGCAGGAGUCGACGCAAUCCCUGAGCUGGCAGCUGGAGGAUUACGCGUACUUCCACAAGUGCGGGGAAAUAACCGCCUCGCCGGACGUCCAGAGCUUCGGCUUCAACUGCGCCUUCUGUCCGGCCAUUUGCCUGCAGUUUUCCGUGUUCAUGGACCACGUCCGGGAGCAGCACACCCAGGAGGUGAGGCGGCGCUACGACGCCGCCACUGCCGCCGAGGAACGGUCUGAGCAGCAAACGCAGACGGAUCUGGUGAUCAUGGAGCUGGACUGCCCGGAGAUAUUCCCGCUGGAGAACAAGAAAGCGGGAGGCGGGAGCCCCUGGGAACCCAUGGAGGCCGACUUGGACGUUCAGCUAAUGAGCCUUCUUCCGCCGGCGACCCCCACCGCUCUGCAUGUAACCACCACGGAAGCCGUGGCGCCAGAAAUAGAUUUGGUUUACGUCGUUGAAAAUCCAUUGCCACCCUCGCCGCCGCCAUCGGCGGACAUUUCAACGGGCGACGAGCUGCAGGCCCUGCACCUGGAUCCCUUCACCGUGCUGCACGACGUGGUUAUGACUCCGCCCACUCUCUUGCCUUUGAAUCCGCUAGCAGAGGGAGUUGCUCCCCCGGCAAUUACAACUCCUCCGCUGCCGCGAUAUGAGACACGACGCGUGGCAAUGCAGCGCAAGCUUCGUCUGGCUGAAAACGAGAAUGCAAAAGAGGGCGAAGACGAGGAGGAGGAGGAGCUGCUGCUGCAAAUAGAGGAGCUAGAGAUGGAGGAGGAGACAGGGGAGGCAGAGCCAGAGGAGGACCCGAUCGAGCAGCCGGAGAAGAAUGUUCUGGAAAUGACGCCGCCAGCCACACCACCCACACCCCUGUCGCCCACCUCGCCCACCAGCAGCAUGGCAAGCAGCCUGGAUUUCCAAACGAGAACCCGUCGCGAGCUGGAGCGCAAUCGGGAGUUUGUUGGCUCUCUGCUGACGGAAUAUGAACGCAUGGAGAAGCUGUGGAAUCCCCGGCACCCGGACUACAAAUACAAUGCCAAGCGCAGCAUCUACGGAGAGCUGGCUGCUCCGCUGGAAUGCCACUGCCAUAUGCGGCUCUCCGGCGCCGAAAUCUUCGCCGUGCUCAAGGAGCUACGGGGUAGAUAUCGCCGGGAGCUGAGCAAGCUGAAUGCCCUUGGUGGCAAGUACAAGUCACGGCUGUGGUACUUUGACAGGAUGCACUUCCUCAGGGGCGUCAUUGAAAACAAGCGAGCGGAGAGGGAGGCCAAGAUUUCUGGUGAAACCACAGAGAGCGAAAAAUCUUGCGAAACGGACGCCGAGUCCUGCAGCAAGUCGACCCUUUACCGCGAAGUUCUCAGCUUUAUACUGGACGCCUUCAAGCGACUGGAGUGCCUGUGGAAUCCGCAGCAUUACGACUAUGCCAGUUGCAGCAAGAAGGAUCUAUACCGGGAGAUAUCCGUUCAGCUGCAGGAGGAGCUCAGCUACGAGCUGAGCGGCGAGGAGUGCUACAAGGAGAUCCAGAAGCUGAGGACGCGCUACCGCAAGGAGCUGCGCAUGGUGAUCAAGCACAAGGGUCUGUACCUGCCCAAGCUGUGGUGCUACGACGAGAUGGAGUUCCUGCAGCCAAUACUCCAAGAACAGAUCUUCAAUAAGAUCAGCAAGAAAGUCGGGGUGGUGGAGACCAAUCAAAAGACCAAGUUUAUCGAUGCCAGCUCCAUACAAUUUGCCACCGUCGAGGAUCAGCUGCAGUUUGUGGAAAUCUACCGCAACUACUCGGCCCUGUGGGAUGUGGACCAUCCCGACUUUCGUUCGAAUGCCUAUCGCAGCCAGGCCCUGGGCCAAAUGCUGGAUGAGCUGAACACCACCUUUCAUACAUCCUACGCCGCCGAGCAGCUGGAGAAGACGCUCUUUGAUCUCCGCAAAGAUUUCUCGGCUCAGAAACGUAAAAUACUCACCGCUGACUCUAGCACCAGCAUUCCCCUACUGCACGCCAAGCUGUCCGAGUUCCUGGAGCAGAACCUCGGACCCUUUCGCUGCGAUGUGUGCGCGGAAUUGGUCAAGACCUGUGAUCAGUACAAGGUUCACCGUUCGGGCCACGACGGUACGCAGCCGUUCAUAUGCACGCUCUGCGGCAAGGGCUUCCAGAUGCCGUGCAACCUGACCGUGCAUAUACGGCGGCAUCGCCGGGAUUUCCCCUAUGCCUGUGAGCAGUGCGACAAGCGCUUUGCCACAUCCACGGAAGUGGCCAUCCACUUGCGCAGCCACACCGGAGAGCGACCCUACAUAUGCGACCUGUGCGGCAAGUCCUUCAAGACCUGGUCCUUCUUUGAUAUCCACCGGCGACGGCACCUCAACCAGUCGACAUUCCACUGCCCGAUCUGUGCUAAGGGAUUCUACGAGAAGAAUCGUUUCACCGAUCACAUGAACUCCCACUGGGCGAUCCGUAAGCACCUGUGCACGGUGUGUGGCAAAACCUUUACCACCUACGGAAACCUGAAGAAGCACACGGAGCUGCACCUGACGGUGAAGAAGUACAAGUGUAGUGCCUGUCACAAGCGCUUUGCCCAGUUUGCCAGCCUGCGAUGGCACAAGAAGCGGGAGCACGGCCCCGAGGGGCAGGAGGAGGACGAGAAGUAGACCGCGUUUUUCCCUCCCAGCACUUGAAAGUAUUUACAAGUCAAUUGUAAAGAGUUAGCGUGCUAGAAUCAUAUCGUCGAUCUAACCUAAGUAUAAUGUAUUUAUUUACAGGCCAAGUGUGUCUGAUAACUAGCUGGCAAGUGUUGCUUCUCAAGUUCUGUAAGCUUUAUCGCCGUAAUCGGACGAUUAACUGGCCAUUAGUUGAAUGCUUGUAACUGGUUUACGAGCCAGAACCCAAAGUCAUUGAAAGUGAAACCAAAAAUACAACUAUUUGUAAGGUUAUAUAUAUGUAUAUUAAAUUGUUUUGAAAAUUUAA